GGGUCAGUGUCGUCAGCUCUUGUCGUCACUGUGACUCAGAGACAAAAAAGAGCAGAGAGCCCUCCCCUUCUCCUCCAGCAUCCCUAUCUUCUCUCCCUCAGCCUCCUCAGCAUCAGUCAGUCCUCCCUGCGCACAGCUGAGGCUCAGCAUCCUUACAGCCUCCUCUCUCUCUCUGACACACACACACACGCACAGUCUCACACACCUCUCAGUUGCUGCUGAGCUCAUUCAGCAACGACCUGAGGAAGGAGGAGAAAGAAACACCCAACACAAAGAAAAGGAGGAAAAGAGAAGAACCAGGAGGAUCAGGAUGAGGGCGAGUGUGCUGUGCAGUGUGCCGGCACUUCCCUGCUGCCGUCCCACACACUCCGUCCGCCGUUUCGCCUCCCUGCUGCUUGUCCCCCUCCUCCUGCUCCUGAGCAGCAGCAUCAGCAGCGGCAGCAGCAUCGGGGCCGUCCCUUCCCCGUUCCAGCUGGCCCCGGACACCCCGGCUCCAGCUGAGCCCACCCCGACCCAGCCCACCCCGCGCCCGGACCCCUGCGUAGGCCGCCCCUGCCUCAACGCGGGCGAGUGCCUGGCCCUGCCCUCUGCCGGCAGGCCGGAGGACACCUGGGAGUACACCUGCACCUGCAGCCAGGGCUUCACGGGACGCAACUGCGAGUUUUUCACAGAUCCUUGUACCAGCAGCCCCUGUCUCCAUGGAAACUGCAGCCGGAGCAGCAGUGGGGAAGAGGGGGAGCCAGCCUACACUUGUGAGUGCGGCGAGGGCUACGAGGGGGAGAGGUGUGAUCAAAUCCUAUUGGACCUGCCGGCCGCUGACUGGGACCCUGCCACCCCCUCAGCUCCUGGGCUGGCCACCCCUGUCGCCUCCACCACCGCAGCUGCCACUCAGCCGUCAGAGCCAACCACCAUCCCGUCCACCACCACGCCAGUACCUCCCACCCUGCAGCCAUGGCAACCCAAACCUGGGCAGAGGCUGCUGGUGGUGCCGUGGGAGGCAGACAGGGUGACAGAGAGUCUGCACUGUGUGAGUCCUGAGCUGUGUGAGCUGACAUCAGGAACUUUGACUGUAUCUCUAGAGGUGCCUGAAGAGACGGCUGUAAAGGUGGUGGUGAAUGCCAGCGGAGCUCCAGAGCUUUGGCGAUUGAAUGAAGAGGGUUUCCUCCGUUCGUCCAUUUCCAACGGCACUGUGGUGUGGUUCCUGCAGGCCCCUGAUGGACUGGUGGUGCCAGACCACUCGCUGCCCCUGGGACAGAACUACUUCCUCAGUGUGAUGCGAGUGGGCGCCCCCACAGCCCCGGAAGUCACCCUGCGUCUCAACCUGACAGUGAAGGCCAGCAGCUGUGUGGAGCCCGGCAGCAGCUUCAGUGACCCUCAGUGCUCGGGGAAAGGCAAAUGUAUCACACAGCCCUCUGAGAGCACUUUCUUCUGUGAGUGUGAGGACGGCUACACUGGAAUCUUCUGUGAGGAGUUUGACGCCUGCCUCCACCGGCCUUGUCACAACAACGGCACCUGCACUGACGUGAGACAGGGAGGGGAAGGCCGCAACUUCACAUGCAGCUGCACUUCAGGUUAUGAAGGGGAGCGCUGCCAGUUGCUGGUCGACCACUGCCUCUCUCAGCCUUGCAAAAAUGGAGCCACUUGUUUCAGCAGCCUGGCGGGGCCCAGGUGCUACUGUCCCGAAGGUUACCAGGGUGCUACAUGUGAGCAGAAGGUUGAUCCAUGCGCCUCCAGCCCCUGUCACAAUAACGGGACGUGCUACGCCCAGGGCCCCGGCCCCCUGGGGUUUGGCUGCAGCUGCACAGCAGGCUUCACCGGCCCAACAUGCGCCCAGCUGGUGGACUUCUGCGCCCUGAACCCCUGCGCCCACGGUGUCUGCCGCAGCAUAGGCAACAGCUACAGGUGUCUGUGUGUCCCAGGCUACCAUGGCUUGUACUGUGAGGAGGAGUACAAUGAGUGUCUGUCGGCCCCCUGCCAGAACUACGCCACCUGCAGGGACCUUAUCAACGCCUACGAGUGUGUCUGCACACCACAGUUUGAAGGUAGACACUGUGAAAUCUACAGGGAUCCAUGUCUGAAGGUGAGUUGCCAGAACGGAGGCCGAUGUGAGAGCACAGGACUCAACGCCUCCUGUGCCUGCCCUCCUGGAUACCUGGGGGAGGAAUGCGAGGUCGACAUCAACGACUGCGAGAGCAACCCUUGUCACCAUGGAGGCACCUGCAUUGACCAAUCAAAUGGCUUCACCUGUCACUGUCCACCUGGGUGGGUGGGGCCCAACUGCGAGAUCCACCUGCAGUGGAAGCCAGCACACACUGAGGACACUCUGACCAACAUGCCACGACACUCCCUCUACAUCAUCAUUGGAGCGCUGUGCGUGGCCUUUGUCCUCAUGCUAAUCAUCCUCAUCGUGGGCAUCUGCCGCAUCAGCCGCAUCGAGUACCAGGGCUCGUCUCGCCACGCCUACCAGGAGUUCUACAACUGCCGCAGCAUCGACAGCGAGUUCAGCAACGCCAUCGCCUCCAUCCGCCACGCCAGAUUCGGCAAGAAGUCCAGGCCUGCCAUGUACGAUGCCACCCCCAUCGCCUAUGAAGACUACAGUCCUGAUGACAAGCCGUUGGUUACCCUCAUCAAGACAAAGGAUUUGUAAAACACAACCACAUACAACUGCACAUGUACACAUAUGCACACACACACACACACACACACACACACACACACACACACACACACACACACACACACACACACACACACACACACACACACACACACACACGCAUAGAUGCAUAGAGAAAGUCAGUAUAAAGUAUUUAACUAUUUCUUAUGGAAAGAAACAACAAAAUUAAAUUGAAUGUAAAAAAACAACAAAAAAAACAUACUCUGUAGUUUAAAAAAAAGAAAUCUGGAAUUUGAUACGUCUAUUUUCCUGUCAAAGUCCAUAAUAAGGCUUUAUUGUAGCAUAAGAGCAUUCUUUACAUUAUAAGUUAUUGUUGACGGGCGACACGACAUCUAACCUCUGUGUGUAGGUGGAGCCAGAAACACAGGGGGCCACAUUUCUUAGCGUUAAACUGCGACAGCUCUGACAACAGUUCUUACAGGUGUUGUAGAAAUAGGUGCACUGCUCACGGUGCAUUCACUGUAUCUUUUUUCUAUAUCUAAAAUAAACUUCUGCUGUAGGUUGCCUUACUUCGUGCAUGGUUAGAUUUGAUGUUCUCUGCAUUAUUUUAAAAUCUUUUGUACUUGAUUGUUUGUUGUUAUGUUUUUUUUUUUUUCAUUGCAUUGUAUUUUUCUCUGUCGAGAUUGUGCCAAAUAUUUCAUUUGUUGUCAGUAGAUCAAAUACACGUAUAAAAUGCUAUAGUCACUGAAUUUUCCUUUUUUUUAAAUACAUACAGUAUUGUCCUGUUAUUUACAUGCAAGUGUACGAAUAGUAAAGAAAGUGGGUUUACUGGAGUAUUGUGACCCUGCCAAUGCCACUGUAUGUACUUCAGUGAUAUUUAGGAUAAUAGGUAGUGUAGGUAUAUUUCUCAGUGCACAGAAACAUAGUGGGUUAUACUCAGUCUACCUGUUAAUCCCAAUGUACAAAUUCACGUCUAGUAUUGACAGUGUUGAAUAGUUUCUGGAUGACAGUUUCUCUGUUGGAGUGGAGGAAGGGGCGGAGGAAGAGGAGGGAGAAGGAUGAUAUCUACUCCAGAAUAUUUGUGCUUCUGUGUUCUGCCAAUGGAAAACUCUGUGCAGCUGUGUUGUUUCCCCCUCAAGGUCAAGAGAUGUUUUAUCGAUACGUUCAGCUAAUCCUCUAAUAUUUUCUUUCUCUCAUUUUAAACACAGCAGCCACAUGAUUACCUAUUAUCUAUGUUGAAUGAUAUAAACAAUAAAGAAUCAAGUGAACUUAGACUACA